GUCAGAUCUGACCUGCGUCGGUUUCCGCUGGUGGGCUGUGGACGGACGCUUCGGAUUCUGUUCGUGUUUCGGUCCGCCGGACGCCAAGAGUCGGACUUUGUUGGCGGCACCGAGUCGGUGGAGCUGGCGGGAAGGCGGGAGGAGCUUGAUGUGACGUCACCGCCCGCUGAGCCGCCAUGUCCGACAGCCACUCGCUGCGUCCGCCCGCCUCCGUGUCGGAGAUCGACCACAUCCACCUGCUGUCGGAGCAGCUGGGGGCGCUCGUGCUCGGGGAGGAGUACAGCGACGUCACCUUCAUCGUGGAGGGGAAGCGCUUCCCGGCGCACCGCGUCAUCCUGGCCGCGCGCUGCCACUACUUCAGGGCGCUGCUGUACGGCGGCAUGAAGGAGUCACAGCCGCAGGCCGAGGUGUGUCUGGAGGAGACGCGGGCCGAGGCCUUCUCCAUGCUGCUCCACUACCUGUACACGGGGCGGGCCAGCCUCAGCUCGGCCCGGGAGGAGGUGCUGCUGGACUUCCUGGGCCUGGCGCACCGCUACGGCUUGCAGCUGCUGGAGGACUCCACCUGCGACUUCCUGCGCACUGUGCUGCACACCAGCAACGUGUGCCUGGUCUUCGACGUGGCCAGCCUCUACUCCCUGACGGCGCUGGGUGCCGCCUGCUGCGCCUACAUGGACCGCCACGCGCCCGAGGUCCUCGGCUCGGAGGGCUUCCUCCUGCUGUCCAAGCCUGCCCUGCUGACCGUGGUGCGGCGAGACUCCUUCGCUGCCAGCGAGAAGGAAAUCUUCCAGGCGCUGUGCCGCUGGUGCCGGCAGCACGGCGAGGAGAUGCAGACGCAGGAAGUGAUGUCGGCGGUGCGGCUGCCCCUCAUGACCCUGACCGAGAUGCUGAACGUGGUGCGGCCGUCCGGCCUGCUGAGCCCCGACGACCUGCUGGACGCCAUCAAGCUGCGCUCCGAGAGUCGCAACAUGGACCUCAACUACCGCGGCAUGCUGAUCCCGGAGGAGAACAUCGCCACCAUGAAGUUUGGUGCUCAGGUGGUGAAGGGCGAGCUGAAGUCGGCGCUGCUGGACGGGGACACGCAGAACUACGACCUGGACCACGGCUUCUCCAGACACCCCAUCGAGGAGGACGGGCGGGCCGGGAUCCAGGUCAAGCUGGGCCAGCCGUCCAUCAUCAACCACGUGCGCCUCCUGCUGUGGGACCGGGACAGCCGGUCCUACUCCUACUACAUCGAGGUCUCCAUGGACGAGCUGGACUGGGUCCGAGUCGUGGACCACUCCAAGUUCCUGUGUCGCUCCUGGCAGAACCUGUUCUUCACCCCCCGAGUCUGCAGGUAUGUUCGCAUCGUGGGGACCCACAACACGGUCAACAAGGUCUUCCACCUGGUGGCAUUCGAGUGCAUGUUCACCAGCCGCAGCUACACGCUGGACAGCGGCCUCUUGGUUCCUACAGAGAACGUGGCCACAGUGGCGGCGUGCGCCAGUGUGAUCGAGGGGGUCAGUCGCAGUAGAAACGCCUUGCUCAACGGCGACACGCGCAACUACGACUGGGACUCGGGCUACACCUGCCAUCAGCUGGGCUCCGGCGCCAUCGUGAUCCAGCUGGCUCAGCCCUUCUCCAUCUCCUCGCUGAGGCUGCUGCUGUGGGACUGUGACGAGCGGUCGUACAGCUACUACGUGGAGGUCUCCACCAACCAGCAGCAGUGGACCAAGGUGGUCGACCGGACCCGCGUCGCCUGCCGGUCGUGGCAGACACUGAGGUUCGACAAGCAGCCGGCCUCCUUCGUCCGGAUCGUGGGGACGCACAACACGGCCAACGAGGUCUUCCACUGUGUCCACUUCGAGUGCCCGGCCCAGCUGGACACGGAGGUCAGCGAGGGCAGCCCGGGUCCAGACGGCGGUGGCGAGUCGGACCCUCAGCAGCCCCGGCCGCCGCGCCCCUCACGCUCGCACAGCUUAGUCCCGCCGCCCACCUCCUCUUCCUAAACAAGCCUCACGAAGAAGAACCUCAUUACUGCCAUUUUGCACAGACCUCACCCAGACGGCUGGCGGGGGGGGGGGGUCACACGCCGUAGACACUGUCUCCCCAGGUCGGCGAAGAGUGGCGGCCGGUUCCUUGAGGCGACGCCUCAGCACUUGAGUCCUGAAACUGCUGCCACUUACCUCAACGGCCGACGUUUGCUCUCGUGGGUGGAUCAGAGAUGCUGCCACCUGGUGGUCAGGAGUGGCGCUGCCAGCGAAUGCUUGAGGAGAGCAUGACCUUGAGAAGGAAACUCUGGAAGCACGUGGCACAGGGUCAACGUGCUGAAUCCAACUGGAAGCCUGAGCUCAGCUCCGCCCCCUCUUGUCAUCAGGAAGUGAACCGGGGACGUCUGAGGUUCCUCCCUGAAGAGAGGCGGGACCUGACAGCGGCAGACCGGAGGACCUCAGACCUGGACCUUCUGGAUUCAAAUGGAAGUCGAACAAUGCCCACCAGAGGGCGUCGAUGAGCAGCUGCUUUUUAGUGUUUUAGUUUCCUGAUGCUUGUCUUCGACUGAAUCUUGUUCGUCUCAAAGUGGCACUUUUGUAUGUUUGGAAUAAUCACUGAUGUUUGCUCUCUCCUGUGGUUUCACUGUCAUUUCUUCAGGGUCGUGACCUUCAGGUCACUCUCGCUAAGCCCCCUGCUGUGGAGCGCUAACGGAGCCCGCUGGCUUCUGUUUUUCUCGCUCCGUUUUCUUCUUGUUUGUUUAUAAAUGUGUCUAAAUGUUAGCAUUUUUUGACUGUUAUUUUCUGGCGGCUCGCUGGUUGUUUCUGAUGCUGCUGGCAGGGAGUUCUGCUGGAUCCAGAUCUCAGUUCAGGUGGAGCGACUUCAGCCGCUGCUUGAGCGCAGAAGAACUUGGGAGAAACUAUGGGGUUGUUGUGGGAGGUGUAGGCGUGAGCGACGCAGGGCGUGUGCAGGUUCUGGUGUCACACACGCGAGGUGGUCACAACCCACCUGACGGGUUCAGACCUUCAGGUGUGAGCAGAACUUUCAUCAGAGCUUUUGCUCAGGAAUCAAGUCAAACAUAAGUGCGGAUCUGAAAGUUGCCAAGUUUGUUUUCAGGAGAAAAGGUGUUGAGAAGGUGGAAUAUCUCACCAGCAAAGACCGCAAAACAGAUGAGGAAACCUCACAGGCUGUUGUGUGUUUGGUUGCACUUCUGAAUUUUCAGUGUGGGGUCGCUGUGGUUCAGAUGAGGGCAAGCGGAACUCCAUCACAGUGAUGUGACCAAACACCUGACGUGACCACAGGGACGUGUGACUGACGGACGCGACCUGCAGGCUUAGUAUCUGACGGUUUAAAACGCUCUGUCUCGGCCGCCGCAUCUGCUUCCGUGGGUCCCCCCUGUUGCUUUUUGUUUCUGAGACGUUCUGUCCUCUGGUCACUGCUGCUGACCUCUGACAUAAAGCCGUGUUCAUCCUGCACAAGAUGCCAUUUCUCCCCGACAAACACGGAACUUAAGUCAGUAUCGUUUGACUGGAGACGAGUUCCGCUGAUCGGUGAGACCGUUACAAGGACAUCCAGAAGAAGCCGCCCGGAGACGACUGUGCCUCCGAGCACAUCCCAAGCAGCGGCAGCCCGUCG